AUGUCUCUUGAUGUGCGAUCGAAGUGGUUCGAACUGUGGCAGAUGAAACGGGCGGCGGUGCGGUCGGAGAGGCAACUGGAGAGGCCGCCAUCCAGCUCGCACCGCUGCCGGGCGUACGAGCAGAGCCAGUGGGAGAGAGCUGACGACUACGUGCGAUCUCCGCGAGACUCCGGCAGCAGCUCCGGCAGCAGCCCAGUGGGGUCACCGCCCCCCCGCUCCCCCUCAGCGUCGCCCCCCGCCGCCCACGCCCCCAUGAUCACGCCCGCGCCCUUCCCGCCGCCCUCGCUGGCCAUAUUAUUAUCACCAUCAUCACUAACUAUAAAUUCCUCAUCCCCAUCACCACCCUCACCACCAUCACUAAUAUCGCGCCGCGUGUCUCCGGGCCUCCAGUGCCUCGUGUGCGGCGACACUUCGUCAGGAAAGCACUACGGGAUCCUGGCCUGCAACGGCUGCUCGGGCUUCUUCAAGAGGUCGGUCCGGCGGAAGCUCAUCUACAGAUGCCAAGCAGGAACGGGUGCCUGCGUGGUGGACAAGGCACACAGGAACCAGUGCCAGGCCUGCAGACUCAAGAAAUGCCUGCAGAUGGGCAUGAACAAGGAGGUAAGGCCUGAACGCUCGCCCUCUGUUGCUCUUGUUUCUUGCUCUUGUUUUUUUGUUAUCAUCUUAUGCGUCCGCAGCGUCGACUCGCCCGUAGACGUGACGGGGGGCGGGGCGGGGAGCGAGGACCCCCCAGGCACCGUGGCCCCCCACCUGCCGCCGCCCGUCUCCUCCUGCUCCUCCUCCUCCUCCUCCUCCGGCGCCUCCUACGUAGAGCCCGCGCCCCUGUGGGAUCCCCUGCAGGAGUCCGUGCAGGAGACCGCGGCCAGACUGCUCUUCAUGGCGGUUAAGUGGGCGAAGAACCUUCCGUCGUUCAGCAGUUUGCCCUUCAGAGACCAGGUCGUCCUCCUGGAGGAGGUGUGGUCGGAGCUCUUUGUCCUGAACGCAGUCCAGUGGUCUCUGCCGCUGCCCACGUGCCCCCUUCUCUCGCCCUCCGCCCACGCCCACGCCCUUGCCCACGCCCACAAAGCAGCCCAGGCCGCCCACGACAUCAGACAGCUCUCCGAAGUGGCGGGAGCUUUCAGGGACUUGGCCGUCGACCCUGCGGAGUUCGCUUACCUGAAGGCCAUCGUCCUCUUCAGACCGGUCCGUGGCCUAAAGGACGCGGCGCAGGUGGAGUCGCUGCAGGACCAAGCUCAGGUGAUGCUCAGCCAACACGUGAGGGCGCACUACCCCGCCCGCCCUGCUCGCUUCGGCCGCCUGCUCCUCCUGCUGGCGACGCUCAGAUCUCCGCCUCCUCCUCGGGUGCAGGCGCUCUUCUUCACGGCCACGAUCGGCAACACGCCCAUGGAGAAGAUCCUCUGCGAUAUGUACAAGAGUUGA